ACAACAGCAGUUUGGGAUUGUUUCUCGAAGGAGUCGUGUGCAGGUACGAGAGACACCAGCAACGCCACUCCAUAAGAAUAACACUGUUGAUUGUUCCAAUCCUUAUGAAGAAUUUGAAAAUGAGUAAGCAAGGCACAGGCAGUCAUUUGUCGGCUGUAUUUUAUGAUGCAGUGAAUGACAGUGAGAAUGUUAUUGGGAAGAAUGACAUUUGUUUUGAAGGAUAUCUUACAAAAUCACCACCGAACAAGCGGAUUGGAAUUCAGACAUCAUGGAAAAAAAGAUACUUUGUGUUGACAGCUAAGGACAAUGAUCAUACUUUGUAUUACUUCAAAAACCAAGAACAGUACAGAAAAUCAUCUCCACAUGGAAAAAUACAUAUUGAAAAAACUAUAGAGUUGUGCAGUAAUUUGGAUGAUCAUCCAAAAUGGGCUACGAUUCAAAAACUGUUUAAAUGCACCUCAGAGUCUGUUGUUCUGCUGAAGAUGGAAGAAAGGGAUUACUUUCUUAUUGGAGAAAAAGAUACUGCACAAUUAUUGCAAGGCAUAAUUGCAAAUCUGCUUCACAUGAAGACAAUUCCAUCAGCUGAGGAACAAUCCCAGGGUAGUUCUGGAAAACAUGCCAAAACUGAGCGGCACCCACGACGAGGAACACUUUUACGAGGCACAUCUGAUCCAAUUUAUAACACAAUUCUAGAGAAUGACCAGGGAAAAACUGAAUGGGUUAAUCCAAAGCCACAUGUUGAAUCUGCUUCAUCGGAAAUGGACAAGUCUAUUUAUGAUAUUCCCAAAAUGGUAGUUAAGACAUUUUCGCAGCCCAUCCGUUCUCCAGUUAAUAUCGCAAAGCCACGCUCCUUAUCACUGCCUCUACAAUUUGAGGAUCCUUCAAAUAUUUAUGAUACACCAAGGAAUGUUCUAGCAGCUAUGCGUCAAUGGAAAAAUGAAAGGCCAGUAUCUGGAGACUCUGGGAUCUACAUGCCCAUGGCUUCGAUUCGAAGUAGUACAAGCACCAACUCCUCUUUUGACUGUUCAGAACUGAUUGACGAAGAAGAAGAAACUAUUUCCAAUUUAACCAACAAUGUUACAGAAGAAACAAAGCUGGAGAAAUUGGAUGUUUUAGUUCACCGGAAUGAUUUCAAAAACAAUAUGUCAAUUCAACAAGUAUAUCAGAAAGUCUGUGUCAUGUCUUCAGAUAAGAAGUGUCCUCUGAAAUUUGGAGAUCAAAUCUUGGCAAUCAACAAACUCCAGAUCAAUGGUGUAGAGGAAGUCAGCAUGUUUGUCGACAAAUUGAUGGAAGACAAGAUGAUAGUUACCAUAUUGCGACUAUCUGAAGCACCACAACUCGAGGAGCAUCAUUGUUGAAAAAUGAAGAAAACUAAUAAGACGGUUGUAAUUUGGAUGAUGUAUAAUCAAAGCACCAAUGGUCAUGGAAUUGUCAACAUUCAAUAUUGAUCAAGUCAACUCAUCCAUCAGCAAUUCAUCUGUAUUUGUUUUUAUUUUCAUUCUUUAUAACCUUAAUACUUCAACUUCACUCAUGAGUGAAGUUGAAGAGAUCUGGAAAUCUUCACAAUUCUCCACGUUGUGUGGUCAAAGGAAAUAGGGAUAUAGUAAAGGUUCAUCUUUUGAGCAAUCUCAAGCAUGCUGGCACUUCCCUUUUCAUCGCCAAACAACUGCUAACAUCAAAUAUGAUAUAGUCUUCAUAACAUUUAUCAACCCUCAGUGAUUUCUACUUAUAACAUGUCCUAUUUGGCCAAGAAGGAAUCCCAGUGCAUUAUGUGAUUUAUUAAAAGGCAGUUAAUUAAUUGAAAGACAAAUUGUGAAGGUUUUGGUGAGCAUUAAGCACAUACGUACAAAUCCAUUGUCGAGUGCUUGGUGUGUAUGGUGUUUUUUAUUGUUUUUUGUGCUAUUUAUUUUCAAAGGACAAAAUAGAAAAUGUAUUAAUAUUAUUGCUGCUGCAAAAAUUUGUCCAUUUGAAAGGCAAUUAACAUCACUAUUGGCAUACACUUUAUACAUAUCUUCCUGAUACCAUUGUUGCAAAAUAAUAAUUCAUUCUGGCCAGUUUAGAUGCAAUUAAUUUUCACCACCUUACUAUUUACAUAAAUAUUAGUUGAUACGUGUAACUUCUUUGGUUUUUAUUCAAAAUUAGUGAAGAAUAGAGUUAGUACUUGAAUAUUGUGUUUGCUGCUUUAUGCUGUAAUUUUCAUGCCACAUUUAAAUUGCUGUAACUUAAAUUAGUUACAAGGCACACAGGUUAAUAUAGGCACUAUUCUGCCUCUCUGACUGCUCAAUAGCUAGAAGGGAUUGUUUGAUACUGACACUGAAUCCAAGCAAAGUCAAAUCUCCAGAACUGAUAUCCACAUUUUGAUCAGCAUCAACGCUCCAUCUGCACUUUCUUGAAGUUUAUAAAUUUAAUAAGUCAUAAAGCUUUUUCGGUUAACUAGUAAAUCAUCAGUUUUAAAAUCUUUACAUUUUUCUUUUUUUAACUGGAGCACAUAAUCCAUCCUGACUCUUUGAUAAAAUAUUAAGGAAGAACCGUAUUGUUGAAGGUGACAUUGUAGAGAUGAGAUGUUAACUCAUCUAUAAUCUCGGGUGCACAUUGAAAGGUGGCAUGACAAUAUUUAAAGUCAAUCAAGGUAGUUUUCUAUAUCCUGACCAAUAUUUCUUUCUUAACCAAAACUACUCAAAUGGACUAUUUGGUCAUUUUAUAAUGUUUAUGAGACUUUUAUUUGCACAAAUUGAGCACUGUGCUUCCCUAGAACUGUGACUGCAUUUAAGGAGAUAAUCAUUGAUAGCAAUCCGUUUAGGAAUAUUCUAAAACAAUGCCACCUUUCAUAUUAAGUAAAAUUCUUUACUUUCUAUUAUUAAAGGAUAAUUGUUCAUUGCCAUCGUACUUCUAAACAUUCUCAAAGCACUAAUUUAAAAGACUGGUAAUGUUAGCCACACUUCAGAAUUCUUCUAAGCAAGAAAUGUUACUUGAAAAUAUGAAAUAUAUAUGACACCACAAGGCUAUUGCAUUAACGAUCAAAUUACAGUUGUUUUCUGCAAGUAACAUUCCAGUAGCUCAGUUGGACUGAGUUGUAACUAUUGUAACUUGUAAACAAGUAUUGUAAAUUGUAUUCAUGAAUUCAUGAUAUCAUAAAAGAUAUGGGUUCAGAGUAAGCAUUAAGGAAAUGCUACCACUGUAUUUUAUAUUAAGUGUCAUUUAUAUUGAGAAAAUAUUAAAAAAUGCAUUUUUA